AUGAGAGAACUGGAGGGAAUCAAAGUAGUUGCUCAAGGUAAAUACUUGGGACUUCCUCUUGUGAUAGGACGAUCAAAAAAUCAGGUCAUGAGCUUCAUUAGCGAGAGUUUCAAAAAGAAAAUCCAAGGUUGGAAAGGAAAAUUGCUGAGUCAAGCAGGAAAAGAAGUUCUACUGAAGUCAGUGGUAAUGGCCAUGCUAGCCUAUGCUAUGUCAGUGUUCAAACCGCCAAAGGGCUUGUGCAAAGAGUUAAAUUCCAUCAUGGCUAACUAUUGGUGGGGUAGCAAAAGAAACAAGAGGAAAAUCCAUUGGAUGAGCUGGAACAAGUUGACAGAAACCAAAGCAAAGGGAGGAUUAAGGUUUAGGGAUCUAAAGGAUUUCAACAUGGCGUUACUAGCAAAGCAAGUUUGGAAAUUCAUCACAAAACCAAACUUGCUUGUUAGCAAGAGCAUGAAGGCAAAAUAUUUUCCAAAUACUUCUGUUUUACAGGCUACAAAGGCAGCAGAGGAUUCAUGGAUUUGGCAAAGUAUCCAUAGCUCUAUAGCCCUCAUAGAAGAAGGAAGUAGAAAGAAUGUGGGAUAUGGGGGAACAAUCAAUAUCUGGGAGGAUAGGUGGGUCACAAACUUGCUAGGAGGUAAAAUUCAAUUAGCCAAACCUACCAACUGUGACAUCAUUAGGGUGAAGCAGCUGAUCAAAGGACAACAGUGUGAUCCAGGAAUCAACAACGAGCUAUUCUCUGAAGAGGAGAGCGUAGCCAUUCAAAGCAUCCCUUUAAGCCUUUAUGGUGGAAGAGACAGAAUGGGAUGGAAUUCCACAGGGUCAGGGAUUUACAUAAUCAAAACAGGCUACUCUCUUUUAAAGGAAAUGGCAAAAACCCAUAAGUCAAGGAAGUCUGAAUAUGGCGGACAAAGUACAGAACUUAGCAAAGGAUGA